AAGAGACCUUUUGAGAGAGAGUUGAUUGAGAGUAAAAGAAAAUCUAACAAUAGAGGAUUAUGGACAAAUGAAAGAUUGUUGGAUACUGUAAAAACAGUUCAAAGUGGGAAAAUGAGCGUGAAUGCAACAUUUAAUGCUUUUGGCAUUCCGGUGGCUUGGAUGAAAUCCGACUCUCGAGCAAUUUUGGCAAUACACACACAUUUAAUAGCGCAUAAUCCACGGCUCUCAGUUACACAUAAUGGACAUAAUACGUGGAAGUUACAUGUCUCAGAUGUUCAAAAGAAUGAUUCUGGUGCUUAUAUGUGUCAAGUAAAUACGGAACCUAUGAGAAGUCAGGUAAGUCAAAAUACAUUCAAAAUAAUUUCUAUCUAUAUUUCUAUCUAUGUAUUUUAAUUCUUAUAAUAUUUAAAAUUGUAUUUAUGGUUUUGGCCUUGGAUCUAUCCCUAAUGGGCAAUAGAUGUCGUGGUAACUUUCUGCCUAGCAACAUUAGAAAAAUUUGAACACGAUCACUUUCUCUAUAUAUAGGAUGUUUCACAAAAACCAGACUAUUGGAAUAUCUUCUCUAUUAGUGAUAGCACAAAAAUCGUUCCUUGCGUAACUUAAGCAAACUUUCGAAGAAACUCAUCGAAUGGAAGAAUUAUUUUUUCAAAAAUAUCAUUUUUUUAUGUUUUUUUCAAGAACACUGGCAUUUUUUAUGUAAAAUAAAGUGUAUUUUUUUUCUAUUUCAUCACGUAGCUCAUGAAAAAAUACAUUCAGAUAUGUUUAUGUAUAUUACAUGAUCUUUAAAUAACCUGGGAUUUUAAAAUUUUUAAAUUAAUGUGAAACUUAUGUUGAGUGGGGUUUCAAUAUAAAUUUCCUAAUUCGUUUUUCAAAAAUUCAGUAUAACUUUGUUCAGUUUGCGUACCGUUGAUAGUAUUAAUUAUCUUACUACUUACAAUUCCGCACCAAACAUUUAGAAUCCAUCAUCUGUGUCUAUCAAUGCAUAUUUCUCAGGUUUAAUUGACCGUGACUUGUAAAGGAUACUUCGUCGGUAAAUAUUUUUGUAAAAAGCAUUUCAUCAUUUUCAUAUUGACGUAUGUCCUACUAACAAAAAUUUAAACGGUUUUCAAAGUCUCCAUCGAGGACCUGAUGAAUAGAUAAAUGAAAAGAAUGGAAUUUUUCUACAUAAAGCAUCCGAAACAUUAACAUUGGUUUCACGUGAAAAUUGUCUUAAAUAUGUAGAAUCUCAUGGACGUUGAAGACCACGUUUCUUUGGUUCGUUUCAUGGAUAACAGUUUAUUAACACACAUUUCUUUCUGUUGACAUUACCAAUUUUACGAAAUGACAUUUGCGUAUGUAAAACGCGAUGGACAUAUACAUUCUGAAAAUCCUUUUCGAUAAAUUCGAAUAACUUCUCUUAGACACUGGCAAGCUUUACCGUAAAUGAAAAUUAUUAAUAAUAAUAUUUCAUUUAUUAUUAUAAAUAAUAAAAAAUGCCAAUGAUUUUGAAAAAACAUUAAAAAAUGAUAUUUUUUGAAAAAUAAUUCUUCCAUCCGUCUUUUCAACCGUCUCUUCAACUGUUUAAGUUAUGUUAAGAACGAUUUUGUACUAUCAUUAACGAAGAAGAUAUUCAGAUGGUCUGGUUUUCGUGACAUUCGAAACAUGCUAUAUAUUUCCCAAAUAAUCGAAGAAAGCUCAAAACGAGCAAGUAUAUAUAAACACUCUGGUAUCGCGCUAACGCAACUUUUUAAUACUGCGUCUUCUGAGUGCCCGUUCUGAAUAUCAUAAGUGUUCUUCUGUGUAAAUAUAUUGUUACUAUUUAUUUGUUUAAUAUUCAUAGAUAAUGAAUAAAAUUGCCACGAUAUAAUAUGCUAAAAAGAAAAGAAUAUGCUAAAUUGUUUAAAAUUAUUCCAAUUAGUAAUGUAUAAAGCUUGAGUCUUAAAAGCUUCGAAAUUGAAUUUUAAAGGCUGGCUUUUUAAGAUUAAUGUCAUACGAAGCGCAAGUUUUUAAAGCUUUAAGAUUGAAGCUUUAAGACUUAAUUCUCAGAGAUCUCAAAGUUUAUAUCGUGAAUAAUACACCAUUAUAUAAUAUAUGAUGUUUGAUAUGUCUAUGAUAUUGUUUCAUUGUAAUUAUAUACAGUAUAAUUAUAUCAAUUCAGACAGUUAUCGAGUUUUUUACUUACCGUGAAGCUAAAACUGUGGCGCCAGCUUUCUAAACAGAUUGAGUUGAAAAUUCAAAGCUUAUUUUAACAACACUAAUUCCCAAUAUUUGUUAUUUGACUUUCACUUGCCAGAUAUCGGACUUAUUCUUACUAACAAUAAGGAAUUUAUAAUAAUAACUAUAAUUCUAUAAUAACUACUACAAUAAUAACUAUAAUAACUAUAAUUUAUAAUAAUAAAUAUAAUAAUAUAUUUAAGAAAACGUUAAAAGUAAUAUUUCUCUACCCCUUCUGCAAGUUCUUAAUUCUAUUCGUUUUUAAGUAUAAAAUAUGUGCAGAAUUAUGUAUAUCAAACUAUGAUUGAAUAAUUUCUUGCAAAUACUUUUUUGUUUUAAUCGUUUUAUGUUUUCUGGUAGUGAAAGUUAAAUUUUUUUAUUAUAGAUCAUUCUAUUUUUCUAUCAUGACUAUUAUUAUAGACAUAUCAAGGAAGGA